AUGUCAAACAAGAAAGGAAAAGACUAUAAGAAGGUAUUAGAGAUUUUAGUAUCUAAUGUGUAGUGAACGUAUGCUUACCUAAAAAAGGUAGAGCAAUUCCAUUUAAAUCACAUGUAAAUGUUUAAUUUUCACUGAGGCACUCUCGAUGUCACGUCUCAAUUAUACGCUUCUCUACAUUGUCUUUUUAACAGGUAUUGAGGAGGCUCAUUGACUUGCUGCCGAGUGAAGAACCAGCUGUCCAACGGGUUACCCUUGAUUUUGAGAAGGCCUUGUGGCUUGCGUUUAGAUCAAUCCUGCCUGCAGUAAAGAUACAAGGCUGUGUCUUUCACUGGACACAAGCAGUGUGGAGAAAGGUUAGUAAACGCAAACAAAUGAAAUAGAUUACAAAUGCGAGGGGGACGAAACGACAAGGAGGCUUAUUACACAAUUUACAAUGACUCAGUAAGUAAGUUAUUUGUUACCGAGUAACAAAUAAAAAAGAUUACAAAUGCAAGGGGGACGAGACGACAAGUAGGCUAAUUACAUAAUUCAAUAUGACUCACCAAACUGACGCGUAUUAUUACAUGAAUCUACUCGAUUGUUACUAUGGCUAAAUCAAUAAGUUAUGUUAAUUUGUUUUCUUUCUAAAAGGUACAAGAGCUCAGACUUCAAUCGGCUUACUCCAGUGACGACAGUGUUCUCAGAUACAUCAAGAAGCUGAUGGCCCUUCCCUUCCAGCCAUUUCACGAGAUCACGCCGAUGUUCGUUCGACUGAGUGUACGGACCCAAGCACAGCCCCUUCUGGAUCUCGUCGACUACAUGAAACGCCAGUGGAUCGAGAACCCCGUGUUUACACCAAAGGACUGGAGCAUCUAUAAACAACCAAUUCGUGCCAACAAUGACAUCGAUAGUUGGCAUAACGCCCUUAAUCUCAGAGUUGGUGGGCAAUGCGGACUGCCGUUAUAUUUUCUGAUUGAGCUACUGGACAGGGAGGCGAAGCUUAGAGCUGUCACCAUUAGGCUGGUCUCCGAGAGGAAAUUGGAGCGCAUGCAGCGUAAAACUUACAGACAUCUACAAGCCAAGUUCUUUGAACACUGGGAGCAGUAUGACAACCGGCAGAAGACCGCCUCGCAGUUCUGUUCUCAUCUAAACGGCCCAGCACGUGCAAAGUAA